AUGGGUUCACAAUCUUUGAAGAAUAUUGACAUAAAUGUAUACUUCGGUGGACCCCUUUACAAUCCUGAAGGGAUUGACGGAUUUCCAUUUAGAGGGGAGGGUAUUGAAUGCUACUACAUGAUGUUACGUCGUAAGUUGAAGACGUUGACUGAUUUGAAGAGGAAAAUAAUGGACGAAUUGAAAUUGAACCCUGCUUGGUAUGACAUCAAGAUUAUUUAUCGUUACCCACAAGAAGUUCUUCAUGAACGGAUAAAUUACGGGUAUAUGGCGAUUAAAGAAGAUAAACAUGUAAAGAUGAUGUUUAAUAGGAUCCAGAAAAUGUCCCAAGUAAAUGCUGCUGAGUUGUAUGUAAGUUUGGAGGCGAGUGUAGACAACAGUACUGAGGUGGUGCAAGAAACAUCUACGGCUUUACAAUUUACAACCCUAGAUAAUGGAUGCACUACAAUGGGAGGGUAUGCAAUGGGAGGUUAUACGCUCCCAUCUCAAGAUUAUGUUGCAAAUACUGGUGAAACCCUCUACUCUCAAGAGACACAUUUAGAGGAGGAAGACGAAGACGAAGAUCAUGCUGCGAAUGAUAACAUAAAUAAUGAUGAUAUGGAUCAGUACGAAGAGAGGAUUGAGCAAGGGUUGACUUUUGCAAAUAAAGCUGCGGUGAAGCGUGCAUUGAUAAUAUACGCAGCAAAGGAUAAUAGAAAUUUCUCCAUCCAAAGGUCGAGCACAACUCAAUUGUGCGCCGCAUGCGUUGACGACAACUGCAAGUGGUACGUUGGGGCAUACAUGAAGUCUAAAUUGAAUGGUCUGUGGAUGGUCACGUCUUAUGUGGGUCCACACAGUUGUAUACCCUUUGGGCUGCGAAGAGACGGUAGAAUGAUGGAUUCUAAUUUUGUUGCAUCAGAAAUUGUGGGAAGAUUGCGAAAAAAGCACACUGCUACUAUUGAUGAGCUUUGGGAGAUCAUACGUACUAAGUAUGAUCAUGAGCUUUCUUACUAUAAAGUAUGGGACGCAAAACAGAAGGCAAUUGCUAAGAUUUUUGGGGAUUGGGAGGAGUCUUACCAAAGGUUGCGAAAGUUGUUGUUGGCAUACUUGGAUCAGGAUUCGGGUACCCAGUAUAGCUAUCACACCAUACCUAAGCCAUUAGAAGGUACUACGUUACUGCGCUAUGUAUAUUGGGCAUUCGCUCCAUGCAUUGCUGCAUUCCAGUAUUGCAGGCCAGUGAUCAGUAUUGAUGGAACUCAUUUAUAUGGUAAAUACAAAGGGGUAUUGAUGAUUGCAAUGGCAACGGAUGCUAAUCAAAAGGUUUUGCCUAUCGCCUUUGCUGUUGUGGAUAAGGAGUCAGGGGCUAGUUGGGGGUGGUUUUUAGAGUGUCUCAGGACUUCGAUAGAGCGUGUUAUUGAAAACAAGGACAUUUGCAUUAUUUCUGACCGACAUAAAGGUAUCAAAUGCGCCAUUCGAGAGUGGCCUAGAGGGCAAGACGGAAGAGAACGGGUAUAUCAUCGAUAUUGCCUUCGACAUGUUGCUAGCAACUUCAACACACACUUUGAUAACCCGACUCUAAAGGCAUUGGCCUUGAAAGCUGGAUAUGCGACUCAUGAUGCUAAAUUUGUGUCCAUAAUGCAAACCAUUAAAGAGGCCGAGAUUAAUUUACUGAGGGGUGUAGACCCUACUGAUCGCCGGAUUAUACGUUAUAUGCCAUACACAUAUCUAAUGAGUGAGGAUGUAGACAAAUGGACCCAGUCACAUGAUGGUGGAAGACGUUACGGGGCAAUGACAACCAAUAUCUCUGAGUGCUUUAAUGGGGUUCUUAAAGGUGCCCGCGGUUUGCCCAUUGCUGCAAUGGUUGAGUUCACUUUUUUUAAACUUGUUGCAUAUUUCCACGAUCGACAUAAACAAAUUACUUCUGAUCUCUCUCGAGGUAAGGUGUGGAGUGAUUAUGCAAUGGAGAUCUAUAACAAAAAUGAGCAGAAAAUUGCAGGACACACUCUGAGGAAUUAUAAUCAUGCAGAGGGUAUAUAUCAAGUGGUUACCCCGUAUAACGACCAUAGAGCUGGAGGGGGAAAUCACAGUCAUGAUGUGCGCAUAUUUGAUAGAACAUGUGGUUGUGGAAAGUGGCAAAACUUGAAGAUCCCUUGUUCACAUGCAAUUAAAGUUCUUAAAGGUCUACAUCUCGAUGCGCCCAGCUAUAUUGACCCAUGUUACAAUCUGAACAACGCCAUUCUCACAUAUUCACAUAAUUUUGUGGUGCCAAAGUCAGAGUCAUUAUGGACAGACGUUCGCGGACCACGGUGGGUGCCUGACCCACAAUUGUUGCGGGCCAAAGGUCGUCCUACGAUGUCAAGAAUAAGGAAUGAAAUGGAUGGGGUACGGCGAGAACGGGGAAGCCGGAGGGAAGAUCCGGAGUUGAGGGAGAUUCAACCGAGGCAACGAUGUAAAGUGUGUCAUCAAGAGGGGCAUAACCGUAGAUGCUGUCCCAAUUCCCAUGGGGCUUCGACAAGUGGUAGUGCUAUGAACUAG